AUGAAAGAUAUCUCAGCGGAAUCUACAAUUAGAGCGGUGAAAGAAUAUACCAGUACAUGGGGAGUGCCAUAUCAGAUCGUUUCGGAUAAUGGUCCUGCGUUUGCGAGCGAACAGUUUAAAGAAUUCGUAUCGCGGAAUGCUAUUAAGCAUACUAAAACAGUACCAUACCAUCCUGCGUCUAACGGAACGGCCGAGAACGCUGUACGUACGUUUAAAAGAAAGUUUAAAUUGUUACUUAAAGACUAUACGAGACAGGAUGCGUUAUGUAAAUAUUUAUUUCACUAUAGAGUGACACCUCAUUGUACUACCGAAAAGUCACCAGCAGAGUUACAGUUAAAUAGGCGUUUGCGAACCAGAUUAGAUAUUAUUAAACCCGAUAUUAGAAAAAGAAUAGAGUCAAAGCAGAGGGAUCAGCAACGAUUCUUCAAGGGCAACCGUACAGUUACGUUCAGAGAAAAUGACUCCGUAAUGGCUAAGGAUUUCAGAACAAGGUCGUGGAGACAAGCGGAAAUCGUGGAGCAAACGAGUCCGGUUUCCUAUAAUGUUAAAACAGAUGACGGACGGAUAUGGAGACGUCAUACCGAUCAAUUGCGAGCUUGUAAUUUGCAAUUACCUGAGUCACAAGCGUGCGAAGACUCAGCGCGACCUAGCGAUUUUGUUAUUUCGAAUCGAAAGAAUUCGAUUAAUCCUAAUGUAGGUGAUACUUAUGUUAAGAGCGGUGCUCAGGCAAACGAUUGUAAUAUUGACUCCAAGGUUUUGGAAGAACAUAGAAAGAGUGUUCUUACACCAGGCAAAAAGGUGUUAGUUAAAUCUAGUGUUUUAGAUACUCCAGUGGAAGGACUACGACGUUCAAGUCGUGUACCGAAACCUAGGAAGGUUUUAGACUUGUAA